AUGCACUGGGCAUUUGCGCAUGGCAUUCGUGGUGUUGGGAAUGGCGUGGUGGAGCUUCUCAACCUGGGUGAAUUCACGUGCGACUUGGAGUACCGAUUUACAUUGCCGUUGUUGAGCCCAAGCCGAGCCGCGGCUUUGGCCUGGCUUGGGCUCACAGCUCAGCCUGAACUUUUGCAAAGCCCAAGCCCCCCAAAGCCAGGCCUAAGCCGGGGCUUUCAGGCCGAGCCGGGCCCGCACAUCACUACCUCCAACUAUUCACAGGAAGCAGAUUUGUCAUUAGUGCCUCCAUGGGCAAAUGGACUCGCGCAGACUCAGCCACUUCAGUCAACCACUUGA